CCUACAUACAGACAAGAUGCCUCAGAACGAGUACAUCGAGAGACACCGGAAGUUACACGGUCGCCGUCUUGAUCAUGAAGAACGCACAAGGAAGCGACUGGCUCGUGAGGCCCACCAAACCUCGUACAAGGCUCAGAACCUGCGCGGUCUCCGCGCAAAGCAGUAUGCGGAGACACGGCGGAAGGAGAAGAUUCAGAUGAAGAAGAAGAUACGCGCCAAAGAAGAGAGGAAUGUCAAGGGUGCCGGCGAGGAAAAAGAAAGCAAGGAAGCGCUGCCGCAGUAUUUGCUUGACAGAACAAAGGGCAACGACGCCAAGGCGCUUAGCAGUCAGAUCAAAGAAAAGAGAAAAGAGAAAGCCGCAAAGUUCAGUGUGCCAUUGCCGAAGGUGCGUGGUAUUAGCGAAGAGGAGGUCUUCAAAGUCGUCAAGACGGGCAAGAAGACAAGCAAGAAAGCCUGGAAACGCAUGAUCACGAAGCCGACGUUUGUGGGUCCAGACUUCACGCGCCGCCCAGUGAAGUAUGAAAGAUUCAUUCGACCAACCGGUCUUCGUUACAAGAAGGCCAACGUCACGCACAAGGAGCUAGGCGUCACCGUCCAGCUCCCAAUCCUCAGCGUCAAAAAGAACCCGUCAAAUCCGCUCUACACCCAGCUUGGCGUGCUGACAAGAGGUACCAUCAUCGAAGUCAAUGUCAGCGAGCUAGGCAUGGUUACCGCUGGUGGUAAGGUUGUUUGGGGUCGCUGGGCGCAGAUCACGAACAAUCCAGAGAACGACGGUUGCGUGAACGCUGUUCUAUUGGUGUGAGGCUAAGGAAGCCUGCCAUAGUAAUGGUUGGUCUAGAUCGCGCUCACCAGGACGAACAGCUUGUCCACUCGCUUUUCAUGAGGAAUCUUGCUGUUGAGACUGAAAUUAAGCGAUGCUCAGCUCAAACAGCAGAUUUUACAAAUUUAUUUGGGAUCGUAAACCCAGAUCACCUCUCUAGCUGAGUUUGGUUGAUAGAUCAGGCGAAGGAUAGUCAAUUCGGGUUGCGAAGGCAUGUUCUCCUUGGUUUUAGGCCUUCAGCCGAAGACAGUUUAUGGUGAUAUGUUGAGGCUACCGUAAUCAUGCGGUCGCAGGAGGGCCUACAACCCUGGCUCAGCAAGGCAAAGAGGGUGGGUUAGGCUUGGAAUCGUGCAACGCAUUCAAUUGAAAAUUUUUUGGGGACUUGGCCAGGCGUAAAAGGUACUACAAAAGCCCAGGAAGUGACAGACACAAGGGGUUAUGAACUACCGGAAUACGAUGUUCUGGAAAGCAACAAAGAGGCGUCGCGGUAUCCUACGAACAGGCAAACUUUAACGAUAGCCCCAGAAGGGUUCGAAAUCGGUCCUUCAUGAAGUUUGAGAACAACGCGACUUUUCUAUAUCAGCGCAUUUACAGCAUAUGCAAUCUGUCGUGCUCAUAAUCUUCUUCGUAGCGUGUUACCGUAUGUAUCCAAAGUAUCCCUUUGAUGCACU